CCACUCGCAUUGUACGGUGGUCGAGAGGAAGGAAACCGAGGAGCCAAGAUGGGGGUAGAGAUCGAGACCAUAACUCCUGGAGACGGGCGGACAUUUCCCAAGAAGGGGCAGCGCGUCGUGGUGCACUAUGUCGGCACGCUGGCAGACGGGAAAGUGUUCGACUCCUCGCGGUCCCGGGGGAAGCCGUUCAAGUUCAAGAUCGGUAACCAGGAGGUGAUCCGUGGUUGGGAGGAAGGAGUAGCGCAGAUGAGCGUAGGCCAGAGGGCGAAGCUGACCUGCUCGCCAGACUUCGCUUACGGCAACAAAGGACACCCGGGGAUCAUCCCGCCGGAUUCCACUCUCACCUUCGACGUGGAGCUGCUCAGUCUGGAGGCCUGAAACUCGUGCACUCACUUUGUUAAAUUCCACUCAAAUUUUCAGGGUUGACUCCUAUCUCGGGAACAUGGAGGAAAAACUGUAACAGCUGAUUCCUGCUUCUGAUUCCUGCAUAGGACCUAUUCACUAGUUCACUCUCCUUUUCCAUCUAGACUCAUAUUAAGUUUGUGUCACUUGCUUUAAAACGUGUAUCCCUCAUACUAUACUUUAGAUUACAUACAGUAAUAAGUCAUAGGCCAUCCCAUCCAAUGUAUUUUGUCAAAUUAUGUUGUGUAUUUUUAUGGUAAUGUUUUAUUUUUUCUUUGACUUAAAAUUUUUACAAAUUGUGGCCAUCAAGUCCAGGUGCUGGAUGAAGUGUCAGAACUAUCGAAUCAGUCUCACUCCUGUGGCUCUGUGGCCUUUAUACUAAAAGUGUAUCGAUUGCAGGUAAUGAAUUGUCUUGAAUAAAAAAUCAGAAUGAAUUGUUUGACACGAAAGGAUGUUUCCACCGAUGACCUUUUGUGAUAUUUGUCGGACGAAAUUAGAAGAGAUAAUAGAAAAGACAUUUUUAAUCAGGGUUUUGUGAAUCAAGCACAUUAUUGCCAUUAACAACCCACGUGUCUCUGCAGAUGUAGGAUUUUUAUUUGUCUAUGCUGAAGCAUCAAUUGUUAAUUUAUAAGAGUAAAAAUGACUUUAACUGCUCGAACGUUCACAGCUGGACAUUAUUUGUCUUGUUGGUCAUGUGUAAAAAGCCAAAAGAAGGUCUUACGAGAAAAUACUUGGUCUCUGGUUAAAGGUUUCUAAAUUUGCAUGGCAAGUCCCCCCCCCCCUACAGAUUUGUCGGCACAUCUUGGGGUUUGUGGUUCUCUUUAUUUGAAGGAGUUGUGUGUAACAAGCUGUGGAUGUUGUAAAAGGUCUGUUCCUUCCUCAAAACACAUUAAAAGAGUACUUUUAACACAAA